AUGAAGCUCGCCGUCUUUAGUACCAAAGCCUACGACAGGAAGUAUAUUUCCGCCGCACACGAGGCAAAGAAGGAAGAGUUCAAAAAGCACAACGCAAAGCUCACCGAUGACAACACUGACUUCGGCAUCAUCUAUCACGACUUCUCCCUGUCGUCCGAGACCGUCUCCCUUGUCAAGGACGUCGACGCCGUCUGCGUCUUCGUGAAUGACUCUCUUACCGCUGAUGUUGUCGAGAAGCUGCACAAGGCUGGCUGCAAGGCCAUCCUGCUGCGCUGCGCGGGUUUCAACAAUGUCGACCUUAAGACAGCCGAGAAGUUUGGCAUCUUCGUCGCCAACGUCCCCUCGUACUCGCCCGAGGCUGUCGCAGAGUUCGCUGUCGCCCUGCUGCAAUCCCUCAACCGACGCACUCACCGAGCCUACAACCGGACCCGCGAAGGCAACUUCAACCUCGAUGGUCUACUAGGCAAGACUGUACAUGGGAAGACGGUGGGCAUCAUCGGUACGGGAAGGAUUGGUGUGUCUAUGGCACGCAUCAUGAAGGGUUUCGGCUGCACUAUCUACGCCUUUGACCCCUUCGAGUCGGACGCCUUCAAGGAGUUUGGCGAGUACCUGCCUCUGGAGGAGCUUCUGCCCAAAUGCGACUUUAUCAGCUUGCACUGCCCUCUGAUGGACAAGACGAAGCACAUCAUCAACGACAAGACGCUCAAGCAGAUGAAGCCCGGCUCCAUACUGAUCAACACGUCCCGAGGCGGCCUGGUUGACACAAAGGCCGUCAUCCACGCCCUAAAGACUAAGCAUCUCGGCGGCCUGGCCCUUGACGUAUACGAAGGCGAGGGUGAUCUCUUCUACAAUGAUCAUUCGGGCCACAUCAUCGACGAUGACCUGCUUACCCGGCUCAUGACCUUCCCCAACGUUCUCAUCUGCGGCCACCAAGGGUUCUUCACCGAGGAAGCGCUGCAGGAGAUCUCCGAGUGCACUUUCCGCAACCUUGAGGACUUCAUGCUUGGGCGCAAGUGCUCGAACUCUUUGGUCAGAGAAGAGUUCACCAAGACGCGAAGAGAUUCACUCCCAGUGCGCAUUGUUUGA